AUGCCCAGCCGACGCUCGCCGAUCAGCGAGCUCUUCGCCGACGAGCACGCCCGAGUUACGUUUCUCGUGCCCACGAUCAAGGCCGUUAUGGCCCUCGCGCGGAAACCACAUCAGGGUCCCGCGAAGGUCGAGGACGGGACCAUUAUCUCUGAGGAAGGGCUCGACGGUAUAGCGAAGGACAACGUGCAACUAAUGAGGAUCACAACCCAAGGUGAACAGGUGCGGUCAACACACCAUGGCAUAUGGUGCCCGAAUGAUGGACUCAGAUACAGUAGUUAA